AUGGUGAACUGCAGAUGGGACUGUGCCCCCCUUGUCCAUUUGGGGCGGAAGAUGAUGCGGCUGAAGACUCUAAAGAAAGACGUGAUGGAGACGUCACUGAAGCGCUGCCUGUCCACGUUGGAUCUGGUGCUGCUGGGGAUAGGUGGAAUGUUGGGUUCUGGGGUCUAUGUCCUGACAGGCACCACAGCCAGAGACAUUGCCGGCCCUAGCGCAAUGCUGUCAUUCCUCAUUGCCACCAUUGGCACAUUCUUGGCUGUCCUCAGCUUCUCCGAGUUGGGGGUCCGCGUGCCCAAGGCUGGGCCAGCCUAUGUGUUCACUUACUUGUCCAUAGGGGAGAUCUGGGCCUUCAUAAUUGGCUGGAACACGAUCCUUGGGUUCAUGAUUGGCAGUGCCACUGUGGCUCGGUCCUGGAGCAGCUACAUGGACUCCAUGUUCAACAACAGCAUCCAGAACUUUACUAAGACCUACAUCUGCCACUGGGACGUGCCCUUCCUGGCCAGCUACCCUGACUUCCUGGCUGCAGGCGUUCUUGUGCUGGCCACCUGCUUCGUGUGCUUGGGGGUGCGUGUCUCCUCCUGGCUGAACCACAUCUUAUCCUGCAUCAACAUGGCUGUCCUUGCCUUCAUUGUUGUCUUUGGCUUUGUUUUGGCCGAACCCAUGAACUGGAGCCAGGACGAGGGAGGGUUUGUGCCAUUUGGGGUGUCUGGGAUCUUGGCAGCUACAGCCACAUGCUUCUUUGUCUUUUCGGCGUUUGAGGCGAUCACAACGUCUGGCGAGGAGGCGAAGGACCCCCAGAGGUCUUUGCCUAUUGCCAGCAUCAUCUCUGUGGCCCUGGUGGCUGCCUACUACAUCCUGGUGACCGCCAUGCUCACCCUCAUAGUGCCCUGGAACACCCUGGAUCCUGACUCUGCCAUCUCAGACGCUUUCUUUCGCCGAGGCUACAGCUGGAUGGGAUACGUCGUGUCCUGUGGUGCCAUCUGCGCUUUGACCACAACCCUCCUUUCAGUCCUCUUUAUCUUGCCCCGGAUUGUGUACACCAUGGCAGACGAUGGCCUGCUCUUCUCCAUCUUUUCGAGGAUCAAUCCCACCACCAAGGUCCCCGUUGCAGCCAGUGUAGUGUUGAGCUGUCCCAUAAUACUGCUGGCUGUGAUCUUUGAUGUGGAGACGCUGGUCGAGUUCCUCUCCAUCAGUCCUCUCCUGUCCUACACCUUUGUGGCAGCCAGUGUGAUUGUGCUGCGGUUCCAGCCCCACAGAACCAGCACCGGGACCUCAUUCCCAUCCUCCACCAGCACCGACCCCCAGCCCCGCCCCAUGCCAAAUCCUCCACCUGCUGGGGAGAUGAAGCCGUAUGUCUUCUCUGACGACCUGCAGCUGGUGGAGGUGGAGAUGAAGGAGCAGCCAGUGCCGGGGAAGCUCAAGGCCGGCUGGGAGCGCUACCUGGGCCGCUCCCUGGGUAACUGCAGGCCGGGACGGGUGGUGAAGUACUCUGUGCUGGCACUGAUGGUGAGCGCGGUGUGCCUGUGUGCUGUUCUGGUGUUCGGGAGUGACCUGCAGCUGCUGCCGCUGUGGGCCUUUGCCCUGCUGCUGCUGGUGUUUGGCCUGGCCUUCUUUCUCAGCCUGGGACUCAUCUGGGCCCACGAGCCACAGGCCAAGCUCAACACAUUCCAGGUGCCUCUGGUCCCCUUCAUUCCUGGAAUGAGCAUUCUAUUCAACGUCUUUCUCAUGUUUUACCUUAGCCUUCUCACCUGGAUCCUACUCGCUGUUUGGAUAGUUGUAGGUCUGGUGCUGUAUUUCAGCUAUGGGAUCAGGCACAGUAAGGAGGGCUUGCAGGACUUCCCAGCACAGGAACCAUCAGUGCUGCCCACCAGUGGCCUGGGGGAGUCAGCGCAGGCUGGGAUAAAACUCGACUGA